AUGACUUCAGUCGCACCAAGCUGUAUGAUCAUGCCUACUAUCCAAAGAACGUUGACCGAUGAAUUGAUGGAUAAUAUUGAAUUCACCAACGGGCCGGACGACGACAGCACUGCCACAGACACUGAAAAUGGUUACGAUGGCGAUGACGAAAGUGAUGGCAAAGAAGACGACAAUACUAGCCGCAAAAUUGACAUCAAACAUUGCUGGGGUGCUGCCACUGGUUGCGACAGUGAUCCUUCGACUACCUACGAUAGCGACGAUUACCCCGAUUACGAUAGUGACUGUAACACUUUAUGCGGUAGUGAUAUGGAAGAUAGUACAGAACAAACAUCGAAUCAAGCCGAGACCCCUUCUGAAGAGACUCCGGAGUCCGCUGCACCAAACGCUGGUCCCGAAGCAAUGCCCUCAUCAGCAGUUGAUCUUUUUGACAGCCAAUGCCGAUAUUGCCGUGGGGACUUCGACGAAAGAUCAGACAAGGUCGCAUUUGUUAGUCAACUCAAUCACCGGGAGUGCGUAGAACCACUUCUUCCUUUUCGACAGUGGCGCAAGAACUUCCAAGACUGA